UUAUUCGAAUAGGUUGAAAUACAAAAAAGUUAUAGCCCAAAAACUGACUCCUAACCGCCCAGACUCUACUGUCCCUCCAAAUUUUUAUUCAAAAAAAUUUUUUUCAGGAUGCUUAAGCCUACAAAUUGAUUUUAAAAUUUCCUUAAAUUCUUCAAGAUAUUAUGUUUAAAUCAAUGCUCCCUUCUUUUGUCGUGCUAGCUUUGUUACCCAAUUUAGUCCAUUCUGUUGGUUUAGCGCCCGGACUUUAUUGUGGGACUGUUACUUGUUAUGACGUCCUCGAAAUUUCCCGCGACGAUUUUAACAAAACCGAUUUACCAAGAAUCUAUAGAAGAUUGGCAAGGCAAUAUCACCCAGAUAGGGCUAAAAGAGAGAACCGGGAAGAAGCAGAAGAACAAUUUAGACUAGUAGCCACAGCCUAUGAGACCCUCAAAGACGACGAAACACGUGAAUAUUAUGAUUAUUAUUUGGAUCAUCCAGAGGAGCGUUAUUACAAUUAUUAUCAAUAUUAUCGGUUGCGGACUGCUCCGAGGGUGGAUGUCCGCAUUGUUAUUGUGGUGGCUAUUUUGUUGGUGUCGACUAUACAGUACCUUAGCGCUCACCAAAAAUACAGAGAAGCUUUAAAAUACGCUAAAGAGCAAGUAAAAUUUCGAACAAUGGCUAUUGAUAUUGCAAGGGAAAGGGGAGUUUUAGACUUUGACAAACUUACUGGUAAAGUGAAAAAGAAGCAGAAAAAUGGAAUUGACGCGGAGGCUGUUAUUAGUUCAAUAAUAGAAGAAAACAUAAAUAUCAGUGGCGGAUACAGGCCUCCUUCAGUCUACCAGACAUUAGCUUGGCAAUUGAUAAUUUUGCCAGUAACUCUGUUUGCUCAACUCCGUUGGGGAGCCUCUUGGAUAUUUAAAUUUUGGAUUUGUAAAAAAGAUUAUGAUGAUGAGGCUAAAUUGUAUUUAAUUAGGAGAAAUUUGAAGCUUUCUGAAGAACAAUUUCAAGUAUAUUUUUUAAGUAAACUACAAAAAAUCAGAAUUUUUAAAAUAUUUCCGUAA